AUGGAUCGAGUGCAGGCAUUCGGCAAGAACUUCAGCGCGAACUUUACGCCCUUCGCGCAGCGCACCCAGCAGAUGAUCAAGGAGCAGUUGGGCCAAGCCGAAGAUAAGACCCAGCUCCCCGAUGAAUACAUCGAGCUCGAGAAGCGCGUCGAUGCGCUGAAGCUUGUUCACCAGAAGCUGCUGCAAGUGACCUCGCAAUACUCCAACGAGGCCUACGACUACCCACCCAACAUUCGCGAAUCUUUCAAUGACCUCGGCCGUACCAUCAACGAGAAGGUCACCCUCCUAUCCCAGGCUGGCUCACCUGCCGAGGCCCAGGCUGCCCUGACCGCGCCGCCCUCCGCCAAACCCCAACCCAAGACCUUCAACCAUGCGAUCGCCCGCGCUUCGCUCGCUGGCUCCCAGACUCUCGUGCAAAGCAGCGAGCUUGAGGAUCCGCUCGCGACUGCACUGGAGAAGUAUGCCCUGGCUGAAGAGAAGGUCGGCGAGGCGCGCCUGGCCCAGGACGCCCAGAUCCAGUCCCGUUUCUUGGCGGGUUGGAACACCACGCUCAACACCAACCUCAUGUUCGCCGCCAAGGCACGCAAGAACGUUGAGAACUCCCGUCUCAUGCUCGACUCGAUCAAGGCGAGCAAGAAGGCAGCUGCCCGUGGUGACCUUGAUAACCUGAGCGAGGAUGCUCGCCAGGAGAUCGAACAGGCGGAGGAUGAGUUCGUCGGCCAGACUGAGGAGGCUGUGAGCGUGAUGAAGAACGUCCUUGAUACCCCGGAACCCCUGCGCAACCUGGCCGAUCUGAUCGCCGCCCAGCUUGAGUUCCACAAGAAGGCCUACGAGAUCCUGAGCGAACUCGCUCCGACUGUGGAUGCACUGCAGGUCGAGCAGGAAGCCAGCUACCGCAAGAGCCGCGAAGGCGCGUAG